UCAAAAUUCUACUAGCGGUCACGCAUGUACAGCACGUGUAUAAAUAUCAAAAGGAGUUGAAUUGCUGUUUAUUUCCCACAAAAUGGAUGUAGUUAAAGCGGUUUUAGAAAAACAUCAAAAGGAAUUGGAUAAAUAUAAACCAAUCACAGUCGAAAAGCACCUGGAAUGCCGUUUAGAUGUUGGCACACUACUCAUCACAGACCCCAAUGAUUUGGAGGACCGGCAGCUGGCCAACGACAAAGAAGAGUAUUUGGCUGCUUUAACCCGCGACAAUACACAACUGCUGGUAAAUGCCAUCUGGGAGCUCCCUACAGAGCGUGUGGACGAGAGCAUCGUGGCUAAGUUGCCGGAGCCAACAACAGUUCUGCCGCGUCUACGUAAACCUCCAGGCCCGCGUCCAUUGACCAAAUGGGAGCAGUUCGCCAAGGAGAAGGGAAUCACAAAGAAGAAGAAGGACAAGAAGACUUAUGAUGAUGUGUUGGACAAAUGGGUACCCACGUAUGGCUUCAAACGUGCCGAGGCUGAGAAAGAUAAGGAAUGGGUGUUGGAGGUACCACAGAAUGCGGAUCCCAAUACAGACAUGUUCCAAAAGAAGAUCGACUUGCGCAACGAAAAGGUGGCCAAAAACGAGAUUCAGCGGAUGAAGAACAUUGUGCGCGCAAAGAAGAUGGAUGUGCCACGCAGUGGUUACCUGGGUCCUGAAGCUGCAUCAUCGAAUCAACUGUUAACCGCGGUGACGGUGGCCAAAUCCUCAACAGCAUCGGUGGGCAAAUUCCAGAGUAAGCUGCCCAAGGAGAAAGAGGCACGCGGUUUGGGUGUAAAGGAGCUGAUACCGGGUGGCAAACGCAAGGCAUCGCAUAUCUCAGCGCAGCCGGAGCGCGAGGCUAACUUGGACCUCAUCAAGAGUGUGCUGAACAAGAAGCCCAAACUGGAUGUGGAGAAGGCGAUACAGCUGCAAAAACAGGAUGAGCGAUUGGAACGUGAAGCAGAAGGCAAUAAACCUGCUAAGAAGGGCAAGAAGGGCGGCGGCAAGGGCAGCCGCAAGGCGGUGGGCAAGAAACCCAAAGGUCAUCAGGGACAGCGUGCGCCAGGCAAAAAGGGACAAGCUGGCCGCAAGCGUCGUUGAGUAAACCACUUCCACGUUGUAACUAGUAGAUUUUUUAAUAACCAACAAUUUACACGAUAAAUACAAAUGAUAAUAUUUAAGCAA